AUGUACAAGAACAGAGUUUGCAUCGAGGAUAAGUCACCAAUAAAAUUGCCAAAAUGGAUAUUGGCUAAAUAUGAAACUAAGAUUGAUGAAGAGGUGUAUGAAGUCAAUAGAGAGGUAAAUGAGAUCGAUAAAGAAGAGAAUGAAGUCAAAGAGGAAAAUGAUGUCAAUAAAGAGAAGAAUAAAGUCAAUAAAGAAGAAAAUAAGAUCGAAACUUUGGAGUGA